GGAGGGCGCACUCUGGUGGCGGACGAAGAUCCGGGCACUCGGUUGGCGUAGAUCGAUCGUGCGAGAAGAUGGCCGAGAAGGAAGGCACGUACUUCAGGGUACCGGAAAACCUGAGCAAGAGGAAGAAAUUCGCUCGAUUUCUAUGGAAUCCCGCCACCAGAGAAUUCCUGGGACGAACCGGACUCAGCUGGCUGAAAAUCACAAUAUUUUAUAUCAUUUUCUACACGUGUCUGGCCACCUUCUGGACUUUGAUGCUGGUGAUAUUUUAUCAGACUCUGGACUAUUACGAACCCACAUGGAAACUACAGUCCAGCAGGAUCGGCGCCAAUCCCGGGCUAGGAUUCAGACCACUGCCACCUCCAGAUAAUAUUGAUAGUACUCUUAUAUGGUUUAAACAUGGAAGUUCUCAGGGAUGGAGAUAUUGGACAGACAGUUUAGAUGAGUAUUUGUCACCUUACAAGAAAGGACAAUUUGGAGAACACGUUGAUACUUGCUACAUAGAAAAAGACUACGACAAUGAGAGUAAGAGAGUUUGCCAUUUUGCUAUAGAAGAUAUUGGAAACAACUGCACACAGUCACGUAAAUAUGGUUAUGACGUCGGCCAUCCAUGCGUUCUUAUUAAAUUGAAUCGAAUAUAUGGAUGGAAACCAGAGCCGUACGAUCCAGAAGAUUUGCCUAAAGACAUGCCCGAACACAUCAGAGACGGUUAUGACGGUCGUUACGUUUAUAUUAGUUGCCAAGGAGAGGUAUGUCUUUAUUUAGUUACUCUCUAAAUGUAAACUUUGUUU